AUGGAUAGAAUAAAAGAAAUUUCAAUCAUAAGAGAUGGUCUGCCAUCAAAGGUAUGGUAUUUAGCUUGGAAUCCCCAAGGAACUCUGUUGGCUAGUUGUGGUGAUGAUAAAUCAAUUCAAAUAUGGAAACAGGUUGACGUAGUUAACGAUGUUGAUGAUCAACAACAACAACAAUGGGUAAUGGCAGCAAAGUUGGAUGUACACGAAAAGACUGUAAGAAGAAUCGCUUGGUCUCCUGAUGGUAAAUUGAUUGCUGCUGCUAGUUUUGAUGCAUCUACAUCUAUAUGGGAGUUGUCUGAUGAUAUGAACGACAAUGAAAACAACAACAAUGACUCUUUAGAGUUUAAUCAUAUAUCAACUUUGGAAGGACACCAAUAUGAAGUUAAAUCGGUGGCAUGGGAUCAUACAGGAACUCUAUUGGCUACUUGUAGUCGUGAUAAAUCAAUAUGGAUAUGGCAAAUGGAUGAAGAAAAAGAAUUUGAAUGUUUGUCAAUCAGUCAUGGACAUGGACAAGAUAUAAAGUGUGUAUUGUGGCAUCCAACAGAAGAGAUAUUGGCAUCUGCAUCGUAUGAUGAUACUAUUAAAAUGUGGCAAGAUACCGAUGGCGAUUGGGAGAGUAUAAACACUUUGGUGGGUCAUGAAUCAACGGUAUGGGAUAUUUCAUUUAAUAGAGCUGGUGAUAGAUUGGUAUCUUGUAGUGAUGACAAGAGUGUCAUAUUAUGGGCUCUUGUAAAAGGUGAUCAUUCAGAUCCAUCCCAAUCAUCAUCAUCAUCAUCAUCAUCGUAUCAAUGGAAACAGAGUCAAAUAUUUGAAUCAAGUCACAGUCGAACAAUUUAUAGUGUUGAUUGGUCAAAGGAUCAAUAUGAAAGAAUAGUAUCUACUGGAUCAGAUGACAGUAUAGUACUUUAUGAAAAAGAGGUUGAAUCAAAUAAUAAUAAUAAUAAUAAUAAUAACAAUAAUCCAGACACCACUACAAAGUACAAGAAAUCAUAUCAAAAAUUGAAUGCACACAACAGUGAUGUAAACUGUAUAAGAUGGUGCCCCACAAGAGCAGGUAUCAUGGCAUCUUGUGGUGAUGACUCUACCAUUCGUAUUUGGAAGAUUAUUUAA